CAACCAACUUCAGCACAGUGAGUAAACUAAUUGAGAUUUUGAGAGGAAAUCACGGACAUCGAAAAACAUUUUAACUGGUGAAGCCAGUUCUGGAAGUAUGGACGAUUUAGACGCUUUGUUGGCGGACCUGGAAUCCACGACGUCCCACAUCUCCAAGCAUCCUGUGUUCCUGUCUGAGGAGACCCCCUACUCCUUCCCCACUGGAGGGAACUCCUACCAGGAUGUGUCAGUCCCUCCCCCGGUGCCACCCCCUCCCUCGGCUGAGGCUCUGAAUGGCUCUGUGAUAGACUCCCUGGACUCCCACCACUCCCACUCCUCCCAACAGUCCUUGGGUUCAGCUCCGAAGAGCUUAUGGUCCAGGGACAGUAGCAGCCCGCCCCUGUUCCACAUUGAAGAGGACCACGUCUACAGUUUCCCCAACAAACAGAAGUCUGCUGACCAGUCUGCGGCUGCUAUGAGCUCAGCUCUGGGCAGCAACCUGUCAGAGCUGGACAGGCUGCUCCUGGAGCUCAACGCUGUCCAGCAGAACUCUCCCUCCUUCCCCACCACAGAGGAAACAGCCCCACCCCUGCCGUCCUGCAGCAUAACCCACUAUGUGCAGGAGAACGGGGGUCCCCCUGACAUCAUGGUGAGCCCUCCGUCUCAGGAGAAGACCAAACGGAACGGGAGCCAGGCGGUGGAGGAGGGCCGGCCCACUGUGGAGAGUCUGCUGGAUGAGCUGGAGGGCUCUGUACCCACUCCCAGCCCCUCUGUUCUUCACAAUGAGUUGGACUCUUCCUCUCAGCAGCAGGCCAGAAUGUCAGCUUCCUGUGCCACACGCGAACUUGAUGAGCUCAUGGCCUCCCUUUCCGACUUCAAGAUCAUGGCCCAGGGGAAAGGUGGCCCUGGAGGCCCCCCAACACAGGUCAACAAGCUGGACAACAUGCUCGGCAGUCUGCAGUCUGACCUCCAUAAACUGGGUGUGCAGACUGUGGCCAAGGGAGUGUGUGGGGCCUGUUGUAAACCCAUCGUGGGACAGGUGGUUACUGCCAUGGGGCGCACGUGGCACCCAGAGCACUUUGUGUGUACCCACUGUCAGGAGGAGAUAGGUUCCAGAAACUUCUUUGAGCGUGACGGAGCGCCCUACUGUGAGAUGGACUACCACAACCUGUUCUCCCCACGCUGCCACUACUGUAACGGCCCUAUACUGGAUAAAGUUGUGACCGCGUUGGACAAGACAUGGCAUCCUGAACACUUCUUCUGUGCUCAGUGUGGAUCAUUCUUUGGCUCAGAAGGCUUCCAUGAGAAGGACGGGAAGGCGUACUGUAGGAAGGACUACUUUGACAUGUUUGCCCCGAAAUGUGGCGGCUGUGCCCGAGCCAUCCUGGAGAACUACAUCUCUGCGCUAAACUCCCUUUGGCAUCCAGAGUGCUUUGUUUGCAGGGAGUGCUUCACCCCAUUUGUGAAUGGGAGUUUCUUUGAGCAUGAUGGGCAGCCCUACUGUGAGGUGCACUACCACGAGCAGCGCGGCUCCCUCUGCUCGGGUUGCCAGAAGCCCAUCACCGGCCGCUGCAUCACAGCCAUGGGCAAGAAGUUCCACCCGGAGCACUUUGUUUGUGCUUUCUGCCUCAAGCAGCUCAACAAGGGCACCUUCAAGGAUCAGAACGACAAGCCCUACUGCCAGGGCUGCUUUGUGAAGCUCUUCAGUUAGGGAGUGGAUUUUCUCUGUGUGUGGCUCACAAGCUUGUAUCAGAAAGUGUUUGUGUAGCUCUGGUAGUGUGUGCAAAUUGGAUUGUGUGUGUUUGAAUUGUUUUAGAGGGAUGUCUGUAUACUGAUGGUGUGUAUGACAAAAGUGUGUGUGUUUCAGGUAGUAUGUGUGUGAGAUGCCAGCAUUCUCUUUUUGGCCCUUGAAGUGUAAUGGACAAUCAUAUCAGGUCUCUGCCUGUGCGCUCUCUGUGACGCUCAGAAUAGUGUGAUUUCAAACCCAAAUAGUUUUGCUUUGCUUUUGCAGUCAGAGUAAAUACUUGCUGAACACUGUAAGAACACAUGGAAUACGUACAUGGAAGUGUUUUGAAGUUGCUGCUCACUGGUUGAGUGUCUCUUGAAAACCAUUUGAAAUGUGUCAUGUUAUUAGAUCAGGGAGAUGUUGACCUGUCAUUGUUUCGUUUUUUUUUUAAUCAGCUGAGGCCUUAUUUCAACUGCUAAAGCAAAGGCCUCGGUGAGAUUUAUUUUGUUUGCUGUCUGAGUAACAGAACAGAUGCAUAUAAUGAUGUCAUUGUAGCUUUGACUGGAAAUAGGCUGUGGGUCAGUCAUUAUUUUAGUACUUGUGAAGCACAUGGUCGUGUCAUCAGACCCCUGUGGACUCAUUUUCACACACAGGGCCUUGUGACACACAAUCAUUAACACCUCCACACAAGCAUUUGGUGUUUGACAAACAUACGAAUGCUGACAUGUUACAAUUUAGAUUUAAUGUAUAUUGGAACGUUUUCUAUAAAAUGUAUUUGAAAAGAUAUUAAUUUACAACAAAUAAUAUUUGACUCCCUCUGUUUGGAAAAUCGGAGUCACGUAUAACGACAAAUGGGGAGAUGGAUAAUAUUGUUACUUUGUCACCUUCUCCACUGCCUACUCAGUCCUUUUAGAGCUUAACCCUUAGUUGGACUGGUUUGGAGUUUCCUUUAUGUUCAGAAAGUGCUGAUGCAGUAUAAAAGAGUAUGCCACGAUAAACAAUUGAAUUUAUUCUGCAUACAGGAAACGGUUACAUUUUACUGUGAGAAUACUGUAUACAAAGCGCUGGUCAGUUAAUAGUUUAAAUAACCACUCAUUAAGAGAAAUCCUCUUAGAAAUUUCAAAGCAGAGAUGCUUUUCUAUUUUUCAAUAUCUGUGACAUUUGCUGAGCCUAUGUGAAGUUACUGUGCAUUGAGUUUUACUUUUUGUAAAAUAAAUAGAAGAAUACAG